UACGAUCGCUUGAAAUUUACCGUUGCUUUCGAUGCAUAUCGUAGAAGUUAGGAUCGAAACAGAGUUGUUUUUUAACUUGCUGUGCUGAGCGUUGGUCAAGUUUAGUGCGUGAAUGCGGUUGCAUUGUUGGUUGGGAAAACUGUAGAGAAAAGGACUCACGGAUUGUGGCACAGAAUGGCUAAUGUAAGACAUCUGGAGAAUGUCUGUCGGCUUUGCCUGACCGAUGCCUCCGAAGCUGGGCACAUGCUACCGAUCUUCCCGGUGCGUGGCGGCAACCCCAACAGUCCGACAUCGAUGGUCUAUCGGAUAUAUCAGUGCACUUCUCUGAAGCUGGAGCAGAAAGAAGGCAUUCCAUCGACGAUAUGCGAGUUGUGCAGUGUGCGGCUGGAGGAUUGGUACGCCUUUCGAGAGCAGUGCCUCGGGUCGGACGAGUAUCUCCGGGUAGCGCUCGCACACAUCUACUGCACCGACGUUCAAGCAAUGGUACAGCCGCCUCCGACUGCAUCACAUACCACCACCGCCCUCAACAACGGGAUCACCUACGCGCAACAACAUCGCCCACCGACGAACGAGAGUGCGUCACGACCUUCGCCAGCACCACCGAGCGUCCCGAGUCCCAACGACGGCCCGCGGUCGUCCAGCUUGGCGAAGCGAAGAAGAAGCAUCUUAUUAAGCGAGUGGUCGGUGGACGAUGGAAAGGGGCAAGCGACCGGCCAGAAGGUGAUCGUGGAGCUGCUAGACGAUGGUGUCGUUCCGGAUACCGGUGAAUCGGUUGCGCCUCCGAAACGCAACGAUCAUCAGCAAACGUACGAGCCGAUUUUAUCCUCGGAGCGCCCGAACGGAGGAGAGACACCUUCUGCUGCCGUCCUACCCGAGGACGCCAGUGGGUUGCUGGAGCAGGCGACCUGGUCGAAGGAGUACUGUGCGCGCGUAAACAGCCUCAUGGUGCUGGUGGCCGGAACACGACCGUACAAGUGCAAGAUCUGCCGGAAACUGUUCAAGGCCCGCUCGAACCUGCGGCGCCACAUCAAGGUGAACCACGCGGACGAGGUGUUCGAGGGCGAGAGUCCACCGCCCGAGUGCUACGACUUUGGCCAUAUCGACCGUGCGGGUGGUGCCGCCUUUUGGAAGCCACCACCGUUACCGGGGAUGCCGGAUUCCUUCGCAUCCGCACAACAGCAAGUGCUACAGCAGCAGCGUCCUCUACAGCAUGUCGUGCACCACUCCGCCGAUGGUGUCCAGGUGAAAAAGAAGCGUAGGAGUGUGAAUGAUCCACCAAUCACCGGUCCGUACCAGUGUCAGAUUUGUCCUCGAAGCUUCAAGAUGCCGGCACAUUUGGCGGUACACAUGAAGACGCACCAGCGGGUCGAAGUGGCCGUGGUACCGAGUGCGAUCGAACUGCAGGUCCAGCAGCAGCUUCUGCAAAGGCAAUCGCGCACCCGUACCAACAUCGAGCCGACGGACAUUAUUCAGCUUUCCGAUGAUGACGACGAGGACAAUCGGGAGGAGGAGAAGCGUAAACUGCAGCAGCAGCAGCAGCAGCAGGACGUGAGCCGGCAAAGCGACGAACUGGACGAUGGUUUUGACGAGGAGGAAGGUAGUCUCAAGGAGGGUGCAUCGAGUGAACAACUGCAGCCUGAUCCUGUGUCACUGGCGAUCGUAGAGAUGGGUGCCAUCAAAACCCAACCGAUCGAGAAGGAAGACGAUGAUGAUGAUGAUGAUGAUGUUGUCAUACAGGAUGUGAAACCGGCGCUUACCCAAGCACCACCACCACCACCACCGGCGGAAGUGCCGGUGAAACCGAAACGAAUCCCCGCCCCCGGUACCAUCCCACCCGGGCCACUCUCGAUGAAGCAACGCUACCGGGCCUCGAUGGAAAGUGCCGCACUCGCUGCUUCCCGAACGCAAUCUCCGCACGAAACCAAACCGAAACCGUUCCAGUUCAUUGUCGCACGCCCAAAACAUUCCCCAGCGCCGCCGCCGCCGCCGCCAGCGACCGGGGCGUCGGGGUCAUCCACGUGCACACCUCCACCCUCACCGGUGGCGGCGUCCGAGACUCAGGCCGGAUCAUCACCCCCAGCGGUCAUCACCCUCCAUCGGUGUCAUUUCUGCCAGCAAACGUUCCCCCGGGAGGAUCUGCUGCGGGAGCAUCAGAAAACGCACCAGCGCGAUGCACCGAUGCCGUUCCGGUGCCGCUGGUGCCAGAAAGGGUUCCGCUAUCGGCAGAACUAUACGCUGCACGUGGAGAAACAAACCUGCCGGUUGCUGAAUGGGGAAGCGGGAGGAGGAGUGGGAGGCAAACCGCCCGCGACGAUGCCACCGUCCAUGGCACGUCCGAUCGCCGUGGCGAAUAAGCGAGCCGCUUGGUGACGCACGGAUGAUGGUGAUGAGGGCGAUGACGGUGGUGGUGGAGAUGACGGUGGGGAGGGAAAAGAUGAUCAAAACAGUGCUUAAGCGAAGGAGGGAAUAUGCCCAUUCGCCGCCAAGAUAUGCCAUAUAGAAACGGAAAUACACUGUGAGCAAUAGGUUUACGCGGGGUGGUCGUCGUCGUGUACAUAACAGAUAGAAUACGUUAGUGUAUUAGGGCGUAUGGUAGGAGGGAGUAAAGGCUUGUUUUUAGCAUUAAAAACGAUUAUUUUACCCCACAUGUACAAAAACAAUAUCUUCCACUACGAAAAACAAAUACUCAAACAAGGCACAACUCGAACGAAUGGAUCUGCGGAAAACGGAUAUUUGUUCAUAACUCUCAACCAACCGGAGAUGAAAUGUUCCUAGAAGGGUCAGGAGGUAUUAGAAACAACUAACAGAAAACUACGUCAAGGGGCAAAUCUUUGCUUAGUACUCUGUGUUGCUGAUUGUCAUGAUCCCAUACAAAAUGUAAAUAAGAACACAUCGACGAGUCGCUAGAGCGUCAGUUUUUUCGCCAUUUUCACUGUUAAAAAAAGGGGAUUUGGACAAACCGUGGCGAGAGAAAGCCAUCGUUAACUCAUAUUCGCCUCGAAUGUCGUGCAUCCUUCAUUUAAAAAUAUGUAUAUUUAUGCUAGUGAAAACAUAUGUCCCAGUUGAUGAACGUACUCUUCCCGUUAAUUUAAUUCCAGGUAGCAUUAAAUCGCUGUGUGGUAGAAAAAUGAGACUGUUACAGAGAUUAAAAACAUCGUUCACAAAUCAUCUUUUAACGAAAGGCCAUGAGUGAAAGUGAUCUGUUUCACGAGACUUUUUUUUUUGUAAUUUUAUCCCGAAAAUACUUGUCUGCUAUCUAUGAUAAAUAAAGAAACUAAUGAAAUACAGCUGUGGAAAUGCAGUUAAA